ACCUGGGAGAAUACCAUCAUCGUAGGCCGCCAACAAGGAGAGCUCCUCUCGGCAUUAACCAACCAUCAUUUCCUAACCAGAACCCACGUCAGAGUAACUAAGAUGGUCGCCCGGACCGUCACCUUGGGUCUGCUUCUGUUUCUGCAGGCUGUCUCUCAGGCUCAGGAAAUAAAGGAGGGAGAGGAACAGCAAUCCAAUGUCACUGGCACAAUGGCGGUUGGGGACACCAUCCUCAUGAUGAAUAGAGGAUCUCCUGAAUUCCUUAUCGAUGGAGAUGUGUUGAUUUCCCGCAAACGGAGUGCCAAGAAAUGCUACAGCAAGUCGUUCAGCUGUCUGUGGCCCAUGUCCGAUAACGGGAAGGUGGAGAUCCCCUUCACAAUCAGUGACCAAUACGCCGGCGACGAGGAGGCGGCCAUUUUGAAGGCCUUGGAGGGCUUCCACUCAGAGACCUGCAUCCGCUUCAUCCCCAGGAAAACCCAGCGGAUGUACCUCCAGUUUAAGUCCUUAUUCGGGUGCUUCUCGUCUGUGGGCCGGAUCGGGGAGCGCCAGGUGAUUUCUCUGCAGAGGUUCGGCUGCGUGAACAACGGCAUCAUCCAGCACGAGGUGAUGCACGCCCUGGGCUUCUACCACGAGCACACUCGCAGCGACCGCGACCAGUACAUCCAGAUCAGCUGGGAGAACAUCCAACCUGAUAAAUUAAAUAACUUCAAGAAGAGGGACACCAACAACCUGGGCAUGCCCUACGACUACCAGUCGGUGACGCACUACGGAAGGAGAGCCUUCAGUUCUGUGUGGAAGGACACCAUUACUCCCAUCCCGGAUGCCUCCGUCCGCAUCGGGAGGAGCAACGGCCUGUCCGGGAUUGACAUUCAAAAGAUCAACAAGCUGUACAAAUGCUGGUCCCCUCGCUUCUAAACCCCCUACCAACCAGAGAUUAUUUCUGAAAAGCUAUUAUAUGCAAAAUGAGAUGAUUCUAAAUGUGUUUUAAAGAAACCUCUGUCACGUAGACGCUAACAUUACCGCUACAGUGAUCUAGGUCGAUUUCUCAGACUCUGCAGCAAAAUCGUAUGAGUUUGAGCUGGCUUUUGGAGGGCAAAGAGGAGAGGAAUUUAGGCGGGAGGCUAGCUUAAAAUCUUAAAUGUUGCAUAUCAUACCUUUCUUUCAGCUAUCAAAAAAGUGCUAUACUGUGCACAUAUAAGUCCAUUACAUUUAAGUUUGAUAUAUCCACCAUGAAAACACUCACUAAAUAUACAUUACCCAUAUCGCCCUAUGCCAUUUUUUAUGACAGUUGAAAGCUAGGGCUGUGAUAUAAUGGAUGCCUUGUUGUAUUGUGUAUUGUGGUGUUUCGUAUUGUUGCGUCGAAAUGUGAAGAAUAAAGUCUCAUCAUCAAAAAAA